UUUAGAUUUCCAUUCAGGUGACUUUUUUGUUUGUGUUUUUUUUAACAAGAACAUUUUUGGGGAAUUUCUUUUUUGUCUUUUUUGCUUCCAGUUUGUUUUUGUUCUGUAGAGCUGGCUACGAUUUUUGAGAAAGUAUUUUUGUCUGAGUCGAGGACAUUAUCGGUCCAACCGUUGUUUCAAGUUGGUGUCUUAACGUGACUUUUUCCGAUCCGUGGAAGCCAUGAGCGCCUUGGUGAUAAACUCGGUGGACGAUGGGAAGAGCGUGGGCUUUGACCUCAUGCAAAAUCGCAUCGAAUCCCUGAGCAGCAAGAUGGACAAACUCAUCAACAUUCAACAGAAGGUCCUCAACCGACUCGACGGCAUGUCUCAGGACAUCGACGACAUUGAAAAGGACAUGGAGAAUUUGAAGGUGGACAAAGAGGAGAUCCACCUCCCGCCCAGGAUGAUGAAUCACACCCAGGCAGUGGGGCGAGAGGUGACGGAGAUCUGCCGGGAGAUGAGCACCGUCAUGUCGGCGGUGAACCUGCGGACCGAGCAGCAGGCUCAGAAGCUGGAGGGGAUGGAGAAGCUGGUGCUCAGCAUGCAGCAGGUCAUCGGCUUCAUCGGGAAGACGGUGAAGACCUCCAGGGUGGUGGAGCUGAUGUUCAAAAGUCCUGCCGCUCGGAAGGGCUCCAAACUCAAAGACCACAAAGGAAAGCAAGCUAUCAGGAGGAAAUCAUCCUCAGAUACUGUAACCAAGAAGCUUGACAAGAAAACUACCUCUAACAAAACCAGUAAAGGGAAACAGGAGAUAAGUCCUGCAUGUGAGUCCCGUACUCCGCAGCCUUCUCACAAGAUAAAGCUCCGUGGACCAAAGCAUUUCCUCGCCUCUCGCAAAUGUGGAUACUUUCUAAAAGACCACAAAGGCAAAGAUGGGACAGAUAAGCCUGUUUUGAGCCCAAAGGGUCAGAAAGCUCAAAAGAAGAUGAAGCCUCCAGAUACAUCAGAUAAUAUCCCCUUGAAGAAGCAGGCGCUGCUUCUUGAAGAGGUGCAGAAACUUAACCGGGAGAACGCCGAGAAAUCGGGCCAGCAGCUCGGCCCCGGCCGCUUAGGCCUGGAGGCCGGCGAGUCCCCGAAAGAUCAACAGCCUGACGCCUCCACCUCCAGUCUGCUGGAUCGUCCAAUUAAGAAGCAGGAGGAGGCUGAGGUGAUUGAAGACGAGGAGGUGGAAGAGGCUGUUGGAGAAAAGGUGGAGGAGAAAAAGGCAGCAGUUCCAGAGAUUGACUCCAAGGACGAAGAGAAGCAGAGAGACGAAGAAAAGCUUAAAGUCCAAGCGGAGAAACAGGAAGUGCGAACGUCACCUGCUGUUGCUGAAGAAAAAGCUAAAGCUUCAGAGCUGCCUGAGAAGGAAACACCUGCUCCAAGGUACGAAGAGCAUAAACAUUGUGACAGGAUAGAAACAACAGAAAAUGCCACCGCUUCUCCGAAAGAUGAAAACGACCACAUACCAGAGGCCACCAGCGCAAAUAGCAAAUCCUUUGUGACGGAGGAACACUUUGUGGUGGAGGAUCACACACAGAGCCUGGUGGCGAAGGCAGAAGACAAAGAGGUGGAGAAAGAGAGAGAGGAAGAGCAGCGGGAGGAGGAGGAGGAGGAGGAGGAGGAGGAGGAGAAGAGACAAGACGACGAAGAUGAUGAGCAGAAGCUCGAGUCUGAGGGUUGGGCUGUCUUCAAGGCUGACGGAGUAGAAUUCAAGUUGAACCUUAAACAGAGGGUUGAGGGGGAGAGGAAGGAAAACAGCGCCGAAAAUAACGCCGAGAAGGACGAAGACGACGGUGCUGAGCGGUACUACAUCGACACCACGUCUCCUCCGGCAGCUCCUUUCAAUCACCGCAUCGUGUCGGCCAGGCCCAGUCAGAUCAGGAACUUCUACACCAUCAACUGGCAGGAGGUCCUCGGAGGGGGUCGCUUUGGCCAGGUUCACAAGUGUGUGGAGAACUCCUCGGGACUCACUCUGGCAGCGAAGAUCAUCAAAGCCCGCAGUCAGAAAGAGAAGGAGGUGGUGAAGAAUGAGAUCCAGGUCAUGAAUAAUCUGGACCAUGCCAACCUGAUCCAGCUCUAUGCAGCUUAUGAGUCAAGGAAUGACAUCAUCCUUGUACUUGAAUAUGUUGGCGGAGGGGAGCUGUUUGACAGGAUUAUUGAUGAAAACUACACCCUGAUGGAGCUGGACGCUGUGGUGUUCAUCAGGCAGAUCUGCGAGGGCCUGCAGCACAUGCACAAAAUGUCCGUCCUGCAUCUCGACCUAAAGCCAGAGAACAUUUUGUGUGUGAGCAGAGUCACAAACAAAAUCAAGAUCAUUGACUUUGGUCUUGCCAGGAUAUAUAAACCCAGAGAGAAACUCAAAGUCAACUUCGGCACUCCGGAGUUCCUGGCCCCUGAAGUCAUCAACUACGACUAUGUGUCGUUCAACACAGACAUGUGGAGCCUGGGCGUGAUUACCUACAUGCUUCUGAGUGGUCUCUGUCCCUUCCUUGGAGACGACGACAACCAGACUCUGAACAACAUCUUGGCCUGUCAGUGGAACUUCGAGGAGCAGGAGUUUAUCGACACGUCUGAGGAAGCCAAAGACUUCAUCUCCAGACUUCUUCUUGUAAACAGAAGUUGGAGAAUGGGGGCCUGCGAAGCGUUAAAUCAUCCCUGGCUCUCGGAUGCAGUCCUUCAUCACCGUCUUUACACAAAGAAAACUAUGUGCAGAUCACGGCGAUCAUCGUGUGUUCCCUCAACCGAUUGUUGAGACUCCCACACUGAUGUGAUGCCUCCAUCUGUGGCCAAUUGGACCAACCCUUCCGUCCAUGCAAACCACCCGAAUCCUCGUGCACGCACCUGGAAUAUGGACUGAAACUCUGUCGAGCCCACAAACCUUCUCGCCAACAUGAGAUCCACUGCGUUGUGUUAAUGUGAACGGCAUUUAUCAAUGAAACAUGCUUGAUAGUCUCAAUACGCAAUAUAUUCUCGAAAAAUCAAAUCACAUAGUGAGAACGUCUCAGUGUUUAACGUUAGCAGAGUGUGGCGUUAGGAAUGUUCAGGUAUUACCGUGCUAAAGGGAAAUGUUCACACAGCUGUUGAGUUUGUAGUUUUGUGGUGGUGUUUUACUGAACUGUUUUUAUUUUAUAUAUUUUUUUUUUUUGGUUUCCAUCUUGGCAUUUGAAAACGGUGCUAAAGUCACGUCGGUAGACACAUAUCGUCACAUGCUCGAGAUGAAGUGUGUGGCACUUUUCGAGGUUCAAUGAGCACAAUUCACUCUUUCAUUCACGUUCACACGUUCACUUGGACUCACCCUGGUGUUUUCCUAACCUAACACCCUGUCUGCUGAUAGAUCAAGGCUUUAUUUUUUGUAGAAAUAUACCUCAGCUGCUGUUUGUAUGAAGGCUUCUGCAGGAUUAGCGUCAUGUCAAUGUGACUGUCUGCGCUCCAUUUAUUUCCUCCACGCUAUAAAUGUCCCUGUUUUUGGCUUGUAAAUAGACACCGGUUGAGCUUCAGCUUUGCGGAUAUGUACUGUGUGAAUGGACAGGAUAGUGUCAAAAAAUGUCAUAUAUGUGCACUUUAUAAUGUUUUCUUUUUCUUUUUUUUUUUUACAAAAACAAAACACUGAGUUCAGGAAAGGCUUAGACAGUUGGAUCUCCUCACAUUUCCUUCAACAAUAAAUUUCAAGGGAAAACACGUCAGCAACACAGUUUAUGUCUUAUCAGCGUAUUUUAACUCUUUGCUGCAUGUCUUUAUUUGUUGCAUUCACUCGCACACUCAGUAGUAAUUUUUUUAAAAAACUUUUUUUUUUAAACUGUACUGUACGCUCGUGCCACUUUAGUGCCACUCCGGCUGCAUAUCCAUGGCACCGUAGAAGCUUUUUCUAGGUUAAUGCCUUCUGUGAAGGUUCACUGAAGUCGCCUUAGCUGUUAAAAUGUUGUCAGAGCUAUAUUAAUGUGGUUUUAAUUGACCUUCAUGACGAAUCGUAUGUUGAUUGUUGAAACACUGAGUGCCAGAAAGGGAAAAGGUCUUCACUGAGUGUUAACAAAUUCAGCAUGUAUUUGUGAAGUG